GUGAGCUGUUGCCAGGAUACACCACAGACAGUACGGUAGGACUCAGUAGCUACCUGCUAGCUACAGUUAGACGCAGACAAACGCGUUCACACUGAACUCCGACUGAUACAUGUAAAACAAAGAGAGCGUCCUAUGGAGCGGGUUGACCGGGGGAAAGACACUAGACUGCUGAAAAACCAACCGUACGACGAGAGCCUGGAGGUGGUCGACUCUGAGGAGGUAGCGAGCGUAUACAGCCCGACUCCCCGCAGCCAGCAUCAGUCAGAGUCCAGGAGGAGCAUGACGGAGCGAGGCCUGAUGUCGGCCAACAGUGACGAUGAAGACCACAAACCUCUGAGGGCCAUCGAGCCAACCGGCGGGCAGCCUGGGGCCAGUCCGAACGAGGAAGAUGAGGAAGAAGAAGAGGAGGAGGAGGAGGACUCUGAUGAAGAGGACUCAGACGAUGAUGACGAGCCUGGUGAUGCUCCAGAAGGGGCAUAUGACCCUGCUGACUACGCCAACCUGCCUGUCAGCACAGAGAUCAAAGAGCUCUUCCAGUACAUCAUACGCUACACCCCUCAGUGUGCAGAGCUGGAGCACAGCCUGAAGCCCUUCAUCCCAGACUUCAUCCCAGCUGUGGGAGACAUUGACGCCUUCCUGAAGGUGCCAAGGCCAGAUGGUAAAGCGGACAGUCUGGGUCUGGUGGUUCUGGACGAACCCAGUGUGAAACAGUCAGACCCCACGGUGCUGUCGCUGUGGCUGUCAGAGGAGACCAAACAGCAUGGAGCCACUGAGUUAAAGAAGGUAACGAGCGUUGCCAGUCCUCAGACCAACCCUCGGGCGGUGGACAGCUGGGUGGAUAGUAUCAGCGCUCUGCACCGCUCCAAACCUCCGGCCAGCGUUCAGUAUGGCCGAGCGAUGCCGGACAUUGACAGCCUGAUGCAGGAGUGGCCAGCUGAGCUGGAGGAGAUGCUGGGCCGCCUGCAGCUGCCCCCGGCCCGCCUGCAAUGCAGCCUGGCCGAGUACACCGACAUUAUCAGCGGCCUGCUGGACAUCCCUGUUUACAGCAGCAGGAUCCAGUCUCUGCACCUGCUGUUUAGCCUCUAUCUGGAGUUCAGAGACUCGCAGCACUUCACACGCAGAGCUUAGAGACAGGCUGGAAUAUCUACAUCAGAGUGACACACUUGAGAGGAAAACCUGUAAUCAAAAAUAUAAUGUGUGCAGGACGAAGUGAAAGCUGACAUCGGAUGUUCCUUAUUUAAAGUCUGUAUUCUGGCUGCUCAUUUAUGUGACACCUCAGACAGCAGCUGUUUAUUGGUCCAGAUACUCUGGGAUCAGAAGUGAGAAAAUGUUACGACAUUCUCUGUUUGAUUCUCCUCUUUUUACUUUAUAUUGUCAAACUUUCAAAUAAAUGUGAAAAUGCCUUUAAAACA